AUGGAGAAAGGCCUAACAAAAUCCAGUUGUUGGAAGUUGAAGCUGAACAAAUUCAGACCAGGCAAAGUGCAGAUUUUUCAGGAUAAUCUACCAUUGGAGCAUUUACCGAGGGACAUGGUGGGGUCUCCAUCGUUUCGACUCCUUGCAUUAGGGGAGAGCAGUGGUCAUCAAGCAGUCUAUUGGGAUCUACUGGAUAACUGGGAUGAUGAGGAGGAGGAGAAGGAGGAGGAGGAAGAAGAAAAAGAGACCGAGAUAAAAGCAGAAUCAAAAGUUUCAGAGAAGAAGAAAAUAGCAGAAAAAAUAAAAGAGAGAGAAAAGCAGCAGAAGAAAAAGCAAGAGGAGAUUAAAAAAAGAUUAGAGGCACCAGAGGAGUCUAAAGAACUUACACCAGAAGAACAGGCAGCAGACAAACUACGGCUAAAAAAAUUACAAGAGGAGUCAGAUCUUGAAUUAGCAAAAGAAACAUUUGGUGUAAAUAAUACUUGUGGAAUAGAUGCCAUGAAUCCAUUGUCAAAAGACGACUUUACAGAAUUUGGCAAAUUAUUAAAAGAAAAAAUUACACAGUAUGAAAAAUCUCUACAUUAUGCCAGUUUUUUGGAAGCAUUAGUUCGAGACGUAUGUAUUUCAUUGGAAGUGGAUGAUUUGAAAAAGAUCACAAAUUCUUUGACAGUGCUAUGCAGUGAAAAACAGAAACAAGAAAAGCAAAGUAAAGCCAAAAAGAAGAAAAAAGGGGUUGUGCCUGGAGGUGGUUUAAAGGCCACUAUGAAAGAUGAUCUGGCAGAUUAUGGAGGAUAUGAUGGAGGCUAUGUACAAGAUUUUGAAGACUUCAUGUGACAUUUAUCUUCCCUAGUGUUGUCUUUCUGUUGCCCAUAAACCUUUAAACAUGUAGCACAAUUUCUUUUCCUUUAAAUUCUGCCAAAUGCUACAAUUGAAAGUGCAGUAUCUUUGUGCUGGUUAUUUAACUCUUUGAUAGGGUGGUGCUAAAGCAUUGGGAUACCUGUCCGUCAAGGGGUUAAAACGAUGAAACUCGAUUGCUAUAUAAAUCACAGAAAAAAUAAAAUUCUAAUAAUGUUUUGAAUUGUUGCUAUCUGGUUUCAUAGUAACAGAACCACUAAAUUGGACAUGGAUUUCAAAAAAGCUGAAGUUGUAUUCUUACCAGCACAGAUUAGUAAUACAGCCUUAACUGUACCUCCCUUGGAUGAUUUCUCUUAUGAACGAAAGCAAUUUGCUGCAAGGGCAUGGUGUGCACUUAUUAAAAUUGCUUUGUCUGAGUUAGAGCUUGGUUUUUUAAAUAGAUGGGGACUGCUACCUUCAAAGGAUACUUGCACCUGAGAAUUAAUCACAUGAUAGCCACACCCAUUCUUUCAAAGCUUGACAUUUUAAAAUAAAACUUAUUUUGGUCAAAGUUCCUUAUUGCAUCUGAAAAAUGACUUGUGAUAUCUUCAGUAUAAGCAGUUAGUUUACAUUUACUUGGAUAUUUCUACUAAAGCAGCUGUACAGGUUGGUUAUUUUCUAGCAGUUAGCUGCCUGGUUAAGAGUCUGCAAACCAAAUUUCUUUUGUUCUCCUAGGCUGUGAUAGAACUUUCACAGGACUUUACCAUCUUCUUUCAUUUACAAAAACCUGCUUAGCAAACUGCAGCAGUUACUACAGUUGGGCAAAUUGUUAUGUUAACAAUUAAGACAUCUGCAAUGUUUUAUAAAGCAACUAAUUUAAUAAAAUCACCAUUGUGAGGACUUCA